ACCGGGCUUCGACUUAUACUGCGUCGACGGCGAACAAAGGCGCCGCGAGCUUCUCUCUCUUCGUCUCUGUCUCCGACGAUACAAGCGAGCUUUCUCUGUCUCCCGAGCUCCUCUCCUAUACAACUCAGUUUUCAGAUUCCUGAGAACUUUUAAGGAUGGAUUGUGAGGGAGAUGUUGGGAAUGAAUCUCUUGUUCUGAUAAAACAAGGAGCCGAAGCUAGGGUGUUCGAGUCUACAUUUGCUGGAAGAAGAUCCAUCGUGAAAGAACGAUUCUCGAAGAAGUACAGACACCCGAUUUUGGAUGCGAAACUCACACUUAAGCGGAUGAAUGCGGAGGCUAGGUGUAUGACAAAGGCAAGAAAGCUCGGGGUUUGUACUCCAGUUCUCUAUGCCGUGGAUACUCUGCUUCACUCCUUGACACUUGAGUAUAUUGAGGGCGACUCUGUUAAGGACAUUUUCCUUGACUUUGGAGCCAAUGGGAUUGUUGAGGAACGGUUAGAUGAUGUUGCUACUCAGAUUGGUGCUGCCAUCGCGAAGCUCCAUGAUGGUGGUUUGGCUCACGGUGAUUUGACCACAUCAAAUAUGCUAGUCAGAAGUGGAACGAAUCAGCUCGUACUAAUCGAUUUCGGCUUGAGUGUCACAUCGACCUUACCUGAAGACAAAGCUGUUGAUUUAUAUGUACUUGAAAGGGCCUUACUCUCAAUGCACUCUUCAUGUGGGAAUGUGAUGGAUCGUAUACUGACAGCGUACAGGAAGUCGUCGAAGCAAUGGUCAGCCACGUUUAACAAGCUUGCGCAAGUGAGGCAACGAGGGAGAAAGCGGACUAUGAUUGGAUGAGCCAAGAUAUUUUGUGAUCCUGUCCUUGAACGUGCGACUACAACAAAGCCACUCAAAAUUUUCUACAUGAUCAAAUUAGAGGUGGGAGGACACAUACAUGCCUGCACGGACACACUCAAAUUUCAGUGGGUGUUGGCUUGUACGGUUGGGGGACGAGGUUGCACAAAAUGGACAUAAGACCACAUUAUAUGAUGUGCCCAGUAUUUGAAUAUUUAUUUUUAAAAUCUUAUAAUGAACUAUUAAAAAAAGAAAAUAAUGUUUAAAUAAAAAUGA